AUGUACAACACCACAUCCAACGUUGCCGCCCUGGACCGGACGGCCUCGCGGAUGACCUGCCUCGGUGAGGAGGCUGGAACCGUGCGAACCGAAAACCGACAGGGAGACAUCCUCUUGCUGCCAAGUCCCUCGAAUGAUGCCGACGAUCCACUCAACUGGUCAAAGGCUCGCAAGUGGUGGAUCACCUGCGUCGUCUGUGCAGCCGUAUUUUGCUGCAACUUUACCACUGCUGGACCUACUAUCGCUAUCGUGCAGACUGCUAUGGAUUUUGAGGUCAUGCCAGCUAAAGCUGCCUACCUCUUCACAAGUGCUGCGCUAGUACAGGGUCUGAGCAUGCUAUGGUGGGCUCCGAUGUGCGCCAAGUGGGGCCGACGACCCGUCUACGUCUUCAGCUUCGUCCUUUACACCAUCUUCGCAUUCGCAUCCGGUGCUUGCAAGACCUGGUCUCAGCAGCUGGCCUGCCGUAUCAUCAUGGCAGCAGCCUCUGGUGCCGGUGAGGUGCUUGGACCCCUCACCAUCGCAGACAUCUGGUUCCUACACGAGCGGACACUACCAAUCAGCUUGUACAACGUCUUCCUCAGCGUCGGUGUAGGACUGGCUCUAUUCAUCGACGGAUGGAUCACCGCUGGUUCCGGAUGGCGCACAAUCUACUGGGUCUCUGGCGCCAUCAUCGGCCUCGUCACCAUUGCCGUCAUCUUCUCUUUCCCAGAGACCAACUACCGACGUGGCCCUCAGCCAACCGUUACCCUCACACAGAAGCGUGUCCUGGACCACAGCAAGAAGCAGACUUACAUGCAGAGCUUGAGCGUCCUUCCCAAGCAGACUUGGACCCACGACAGCUGGACUAUGCUCUUCCUGCGACCAAUUGCUCUCAUCGCCUACCCAGCUGUGGCCUGGACCGCCCUCGUCUUCGCCGUCACCAUCGGUGCCAUCGUCUCAGUCACCUCCAAUGUCGCCAUCGCUUUCGGUCAGACCUACCAGUUCGGUCCCGGCCUUACAGGCAGUUGCUUCAUCGCCGCCGUCAUCGGCUCUCUGCUUGCGCUGCUAGGAGGUUGGGCUACUGACAAGUACUCGACGAGGCGCACACACGACAAUGGAGGUAUUCGAGAGCCCGAGAUGCGCCUCCUGCCCAUCUUGCCUGCCCUCAUCACCACUCCUCUGUCUCUGGUCCUCUACGGUGUUGGCAUCCAGCAUGGACUACACUGGAUCUGCCCCACCAUCGGUCUUGCCCUCAUCAACUUCUCCGCCGUCUGGGCAACUACCAAUGCCAUGGUCUACAUGAUCGAUUGUCUCAAACCUCUGGCCGAAGAGUCCGUCACAUCCGUCUUGGCGUACAAGGCUGCCUUUGGCUUCCUUCUCUCCUUCUACACCAACCCCUGGAUUGCCUUGAUGGGCUACCAAAACAUGUUCGGAACCUUUGCCGGCAUCUCCAGCUUCUGCCUUGCCCUCGUCUUCAUCUUCAUGAUCUGGGGCAAGCCCAUUAGGAAGAAUGCUCUGCAAUGGCGUCUGAUUCAGAAGCUCAAGUGGCACGCUGACCGUGAUGACAUCGUCAUUGAGGAUGAAGAUGAGACACCUGUUCGCUCCCUCUCUUGA